AUGGACUCCAAGGCGCGCGCGUACACCCCCUCCGACCGUUCUGCCCGUGGGAACAACGUCGUGGACCACGAUGCUCCGAAUGUUACAGACGAGCCCCGCGGCACGGCUUCGAUGCCCCCGAAGAAGCCGAACGGAGAGCAGUUCAUCAAGGUGCAGCCGUUGAAGCGGAGCGAGAUGCAGCCCUCGUAUGCACAGGACCUUGGAACACGAGAGGUCACCCAUGGUGUCUACGGAUCCAUGUUGCAGGCCCUCGGGUCGUGCCUCGGUCUGUUGGGAGCCGUUCCUUGCUGCCCAUGCCCCAACCCCUUCCGCGAGGUCCAACAAGGAUCCGUCGGUCUUGUGACUCGCUUUGGUCAGUUCUACAAGUCAGUCGACCCUGGUCUCGUCCAGGUCAACGUCUGCACGGAGUCCCUGCGCGUGGUCGACGUCAAGAUCCAGAUUAGUGCCAUUGGCCGCCAGAAGGUCAUCACCCGCGACAACGUCGACGUUGAAAUCGACUCGGUCAUCUACUUCCAGAUCACGAACCCCUACCGCGCCGCAUUCGGCAUCUCAGACCUGCGCCAGGCGCUCAUCGAGCGGGCACAGACCACGCUCCGGCACGUCGUCGGCGCGCGCAUGGUGCAGAGCGUCGUGACCGAGCGCGAGGCGAUGGCGUUCGAGAUCGCGGAGAUCGUCGGCGACGUCGCGGACAAGUGGGGCGUCGCGAUCGAGGGCAUCCUCAUCAAGGACAUCAUCUUCUCCGCCGAGGUCUCCGCCUCGCUCUCGUCCGCCGCGCAGCAGAAGCGCAUUGGGGAGUCGAAGGUCAUCGCUGCGCGCGCGGAGGUCGACGCGGCGCGCCUCAUGCGCCAGGCGGCCGACAUCCUCGCGUCGCCCGCCGCGAUGCAGAUCCGCCAGCUCGAGGCGCUGCAGACGAUGGCGAAGACCGCGAAUAGCAAGGUCGUGUUCGUACCGAUGCAGCUCCAGAGCGACGUUAUCGGCCAGAUAGCACAGCAGCCCGAGGCGUCUGGCUCGGGCAGCAGGGGGCUCCUCGUCAAUGAGAGCGGGGAGGGUAGCAGCUCCGUCGCCCAGGCGGGCUUGCUCAACAGCAUGAGCGAUAUCUGA